GCGAACAGCUGUUUAUGGGAAAGCAUUGGUUUCUCCGUCUUUUUUGGAGAGAGAAACAAGUGUUCUUUGAUCCAACCAACGCCCAUCAGUAUGACCAAACUGCUUUUUGUGUCUUCUUUGUGUAUAUAUAUUCUCAACAAUGGCUGAAAUGAACAAGCAAGUGCUUUGUCUACUUUUUUCUUCAUUACACGCACCCAAAGAAAAGAGAUAGAUCUCUCUGCAAUGGCUCAGGCACUGCUUCCACCUUCCUCUCUCUCCAAUUCGUCCACGGACGUACGCAGAACUUCAUCUACCACCUCAGCAAUCUUUGGUUCCAAGUUGAGAUUGUUGGAAAUUGAGCAGACCCAUUUGAGAUUUUCGAAUUCUUCCAAGAAAUACAUUCAUUUUAAGAUUACAGACAUCCAUGCAACCUUCGGGAUUGACCCCAAGAGAUAA